AAACGAUUGAGAACUCUGAAUAACACACACUGACACACAAUUUUUUAGUGUAGUUUCAAAAAUGGAGGAAGAUCCAAAAAUGAGUUUUAGUCAGAGUUUAGGAAGAAGCAUAACCAGAGGAAUUAGUAGAGCAUCCGGCAGUUGGCGGAUGGAGGAUGUGUUUGCUACGGGUGGCGGUGCUAGUCACGAUGGCCGAAGUAGUCGUAAUUCGAUGGAAGACGAAGAGGCGUUACGUUGGGCCGCUUUGGAGAAACUGCCUACGUAUAAUCGGUUACGAACGACCAUUUUUAAGUCGUAUGUUCCAGCGGAUCAGCAGCAGAUGGUUGGUGAACAGAUGUUGCUAGAUGUCCGAGAUCUUGAUCCGCAGGCGCGACAAAGUUUUAUUGAUAAGAUUUUUAAAGUUGCGGAAGAGGAUAAUGAGAUUUUUUUAAGGAAGUUUAGAGAUCGGGUUGACAAGGUUGGAAUCUCCCUUCCAACAGUAGAAGUUCGGUUUAAAAAUCUGUCGGUGGAAGCCGAUUGUCACGUCGGAGACAGAGCGCUUCCAACGCUGAUAAAUGCAGCUAGAAAUAUCGUCGAAUCUCUUCUAGCUUCUAUCGGCAUCAGUUUCACAGAGAAAGCAAAACUCCGCAUUCUCAAAGACGCUUCUGGGAUCAUCAAACCCGGAAGGAUGGCGCUUCUUUUGGGGCCACCAUCUUCUGGUAAGACGACGCUUUUGUUGGCUUUGGCGGGAAGGUUAGAUCCCGCGUUAAGAGUUGAUGGAGAGAUUAGUUACAACGGUCAUAAGCUCAAUGAAUUCGAACCUCGAAGGACCGCGGCUUACAUUAGCCAGAUGGAUAUCCAUGCAGGAGAAAUGACAGUUAAAGAAACAUUUGACUUUUCCGCAAGAUGCCAAGGCGUUGGAUCUCGUUUAGAAAUGUUAACUGAGCUUGCAAGAAGAGAAAAAGAAGCAGGGAUCUUUCCGGAAGCCGAAGUUGAUCUUUUCAUGAAGGCAACCGCCAUUGAAGGAGAUCAGAGCAGUUUGAUAACUUACUACACUCUCAGAAUUUUGGGGCUUGAUAUCUGUCGUGACACCUUUGUCGGAGACCAAAUGAGACGAGGAAUCUCUGGAGGACAGAAGAAGCGUGUAACCACAGGAGAAAUGCUUGUCGGACCAGCAAAAACGUUGUUUAUGGACGAAAUAUCAACAGGUCUAGACAGCUCGACAACGUUUCAGAUAGUAAAAUGUAUGCAACAAGUAGCACACCUCACGGACAACACAAUCUUCAUGUCCCUACUACAACCUGCCCCCGAGACGUUCGAUCUUUUUGACGACAUCAUCUUACUAUCCGAGGGCCAGAUCGUGUAUUUGGGCCCACGAGAGAACAUUGUUGAGUUCUUCGAGAGUUGUGGAUUCAAAUGUCCAGAGAGAAAGGGUACCGCUGACUUCUUACAAGAGGUGACAUCUAAAAAGGACCAAGAGCAAUAUUGGGCCGAUAGACACAGAGCAUAUAGAUACAUCCCGGUGAGUGAGUUUAGUCAACGGUUCAAGAGUUUUCACGUAGGAGAGAAGCUGCAACGCGAGUUAUCGGUCCCAUACGACAAGAACCAAAGCCACAAGGCUGCUUUAGUGUAUAAGAAGUACUUGGUACCCAAAAUGGAGCUCCUUAAGGCCUCAUGGGAUAAAGAAGUGCUUCUGAUGAAAAGAAACGCUCCUGUCUACGUUUUCAGAACAAUACAGAUCGUGUUUAUAUCAUUUAUUUGCACGACUUUGUAUCUAAGGACCGAAUUGCACACAAGGAACGAGAUAGACGGAUCCAUUUACGUUGGUGCGCUAUUAUGCAGUAUGCUUAUUAACAUGUUUAACGGGCUUGCUGAUCUGUCGUUCACUGUCAUGAGACUUCCCGUUGUUUACAAACAACGCGACCUCAUGUUCCACCCUCCAUGGGCUUUCACAUUACCGGCUUUCUUGCUUCGAAUUCCCAUGUCUAUGAUCGAAAGUAUUAUGUGGACCGUUCUUCUAUACUGGGGUGUCGAUUUUGCCCCUGAUGCUGGCAGGUUCUUCAAGCAUCUCUUGUUGGUUUUCCUAAUCCAGAACGUGGCAGCGGGACUGUUUAGGCUGAUCGCGGGCGUUUGUAAGACGAUGACUAUUGCUAACACAGGUGGAUCCGUUGUACUUUUACUUAUAUUUUUGUUGGGCGGUUUCAUUCUACCGAAAACGCAAAUUCCAAACUGGUGGGAAUGGGCGUAUUGGCUAUCACCGUUGUCGUACAUCUUCAAAGCCAUCACCAUCAACGAGUUCCUUGACUCUAGGUGGACCACCCAAAAUAGUACCGACAAUUCAACAAACUUAGGCUUCGCCGUGUUAAAGAGUUUGGACGUCCCGACUUCAGAAAGCUCGUACUGGAUUGGUGCUGGUGCUCUUGCUGGUUUUGUAGUUCUUUUCAAUGUUCUAUUCACUGUGUCUCUUAUGUAUUUAGAAGCACCUGGAAAACCACAAGCAAUCAUCUCGAAGGCUGAAGCUGCAGCCAUGGAUGGUCAUGAUAUUGAACUAGACGGUUCAAAGGGACGUAAGGAAAUGCGACAGUUUAGUUCUUCUAUUUCUAAUGCUAAUGGCGCGUCUAAGAAAGGAAUGGUUCUUCCGUUUACUCCACUCGCCAUGUCAUUCGACGAAAUGAAUUAUUCUGUCGAUAUGCCUAGUGAAAUGAGAGAACAAGGUGUGACGGAUAACAGGUUGCAAUUACUUCGUAAUGUAACCGGUGCUUUUCGACCUGGAGUCCUGACCGCAUUGAUGGGAGUUAGUGGUGCUGGAAAAACGACUUUAAUGGACGUCUUAGCGGGAAGAAAGACAGGUGGUUAUAUUGAAGGUGAUAUUAGAAUAUCGGGAUUUCCAAAGAAACAAGAAACGUUCGCUAGAGUUUCUGGAUACUGUGAACAAACCGAUAUCCACUCUCCUACAAUCACCAUCCACGAAUCUUUGAUCUACUCAGCUUUCCUCCGUCUCCCAAAAGAAGUUAGCAAGGAAGACAAAAUGUUGUUUGUGAACGAAGUAAUGGAGCUAGUUGAACUAGAAAACAUCAAGGACGCAAUAGUGGGACUUCCGGGAGUUAGCGGAUUAUCAACAGAACAAAGAAAAAGGCUAACUAUUGCGGUAGAACUUGUUGCUAAUCCUUCUAUUAUUUUCAUGGAUGAACCAACUUCCGGGCUUGAUGCAAGAGCUGCAGCCAUUGUUAUGAGAGCCGUAAGAAACACCGUAGAUACUGGAAGAACCGUUGUUUGCACCAUUCAUCAACCUAGCAUUGAUAUCUUUGAAUCCUUUGAUGAGUUGUUACUAUUGAAAAGAGGGGGUCAAGUAAUCUAUUCCGGUCCCCUCGGGAGAAAUUCUCAACAAAUCAUUGAGUAUUUCGAGGCGGUUGAUGGGGUUCCGAAGAUAACCCCAAAAUACAAUCCGGCAACAUGGAUGUUGGAAGUGAGCUCGGGGGCUGCAGAGAUGAGGCUCGGUAUCGAUUUUGCUGAACAUUUCACUGCAUCAUCUUUGCAUCAGAGGAACAAGGCUUUAGUGAAGGAGUUAAGUGUACCUCCUGCAGAAGCUAAAGAUCUUCACUUUGAUACACAAUAUGCUCAAUCUUCGUGGGGACAAUUCAAGUCAUGUAUAUGGAAAAUGUGGUGGAGUUACUGGCGAAAUCCGGAUUAUAACCUUGUUCGUUUCUGCUUCACCUUGCUUUGUGCAAUAAUGGUCGGGACCGUAUUUUGGAAAAUUGGCAACAAAAAGUCCACCAGUGGUGAUCUGAGCGCAGUCAUUGGCGCCAUGUAUUCUGCUAUAUUUUUUGUCGGUAUUAACAACUCCCAGACCGUGCAGCCCGUUGUUGCAACAGAAAGAACCGUCUUUUAUCGAGAAAGAGCAGCGGGGAUGUACUCUUCAUUACCAUACGCCAUGGCACAGGUGAUUGUGGAGAUACCAUAUGUAUUUACUCAAACGGUAUAUUACUCCGUGAUUGUGUAUUCCAUGGUGUCGUUCGAGUGGACAGCUGCUAAGUUCUUCUGGUCCUUCUUCCUCAACUUCUUUUCGUUUCUAUACUUCACAUACUUUGGAAUGAUGACUGUUUCCGUCACACCAAAUGAGACAAUAGCAGCCAUAUUCGCCGCAGGGUUUUACCUACUUUUCAAUAUCUUUUCAGGGUUUUAUAUCCCACAACCCAAAAUUCCAGGAUGGUGGAUUUGGUAUUACUGGAUCUGCCCAAUGGCGUGGACGGUGUACGGGUGUAUUGUUUCACAAUAUCAUGACGCGAAUAAUGAAAUAUUUGUGCUUGGGCAGACAGGUAACACAACCAUGGCAGCAUUUAUCAAUGACUACUAUGGUUUUGAAUUGGAUUUCAUGGGUCCCGUUGCUGCAGUUCUUGUCGGUUUUUGCGUGUUCUUCGCCUUGCUUUAUGCCUUCUUCCUCAGGACUUUGAACUUCCAAAUGAGAUAAAAUGUAUGUAACUAUAGAAUUUUUUGAUGUUUUGUUAAUUUUGUAAGGUGAUUCUACUUUCUGGUUUGUAUUAUAGUUUUUAUGUAAACAUCUUUUUUUGCAGUUUUUUUUUUCUGAUA